UUUCUUCUCCCACCCUUCCCCUUCCUCUCCUCUCCGCGGCGACAACCCCGACGCCCGACGAACCCUCCCUCCUCUCGCUCCCCACUGCUUCCCCCUGCGCUGCCCGGCAUCCGCCACGGCGAUGGCGUCGGCGUCGUCGGCGGCGGCGACGAGGGAGGUCCUCAUGCUGGAGGCCCCGCCGGCCCCCGACGCGAGGGCGUGGCGCGCGCCGCCGGACGCGGAGGCGGUGGACGCGCUGCCCUACAUCGACGGAGACUACGGAGACGAGGCGGUGAAGCGCGAGGUGGACCGGAUGGUGGAGGAGGAGAUGCGGCGCGGCCGCCGCAAGCCCGCCGACUUCCUCCGCGACCUGCCCCCCGUCCCCGCCGUCGGAUUCGAGAAUCAUCCUAUGCUUGCUAAAGAGUAUGAACGUGUUAGAGCUGGCAAACCUCCUGCUACCAUAGAGAUGUCUCGCUAUGGUUUGGAGCCACCCCCACUGAACAAGAGGAAUGAUGUCGCUGCUUGGAGGCAGGCUCUACGAAAUGCUCAGAGUCAACUGCAUCAUCAAAUUAUAAGGAUAGAGAAUCUGGAGCUUAUGCUGAAGUAUGGCGUUGAGCUUUAUAAGCUUCAGAAUAGACAAAUGGAAUCAGUUUUGUCUAGAAUGCAAAAGAUGGCUGUUGAAUACAAUGAGAAGAUAGAAACUGUCAACCGAGAGAGGAAAUUUCACCAGCAAAACACUGGCGGUCAACUCCAUUCCUUGACAACAGAAUGGCAGGAGUUGUGUCAGAAAAAUAUAGCUAUUCAAGCUGCAUGUGUUGAUCUGCAGAAUCAGAUUGAUCAGCUUAAACUUGGAGCUAAAGAACUGGGAAUGCCCAUUGACGACAGCACCGGAACUAACCAGCAAACAUCAUCAACCAUUUGAGUACAGAUACAUAGGUAGCAAUGGAGCUAGACAAUUUCAUGAUAUGAGAGCUGGAGGUUCCAUCAGCCCUCUGUUUGUAUGAUCUGCAGUUGCCACAUCCAGACAACAAUCUAGGCAAUUACCUUCACAACCCGCAGUCCCGCACUUGUGAUUGUAUUCUGUAACCCAUUUUUCGAGGACUUGUGCAUGUGGAGACCCGAUAGAGAAACAGGUUAUAUUCAUGAUGAGUUUCUCUUAAGUGAUCUAACCUGUUUUGAGAA